UGAGGAGAUCAGCAUUCAUUGAUCCUUACGUAACGAAUGGAGACUGGCAUCGCAGCUGUCAGUAACACCUGAAGCAUAGCAUGCUGAUUUUAUUCACCUAUCGGAUUUAUUUUAGUAAACUGUUUUUGUUGUGCUUACAGACAGACCUCAUAUGCUCUAUUCAUAACUUGUUUAGAAAUCGCAAUUAGCCCAUGCAUCACGAGCUCCAUUUGUUAGAUUACAGCCUAGGCUAUGAUGGACAACACAUAUUUAAUAACCUAAUGUUGUCAUCUAGGCUAUUUUUAGGUUUAAGUAGCAAUGCGUCUCUCAACUGUCUUAACGACGUUUUAAACAAAACACCGAAUUUUUUUUUUUUUUUUUUUUUUUUUUUUUUUUUUGAUAUAUUAUUGUGAGUUGUAAAUCUAUAAUAACUUGAUAAAUAAUGACAGUACCGUUUUUCUAUGAAGCAUCCGAUGCAUCUGUUGCUAUGGCUACUUCUUCCAGCACACUCUAACUUGUAAAGUAACUUUUGUGGUUACUGAAACGUAAACCUUUUUACCUUCUUUUGGGCUCUUAUAUAUGAGGGGCCGUAUAGGCCAGAAUUAUUAACGUAACCUAUACCCCACAAUUCGCACCCUGAUAUUUUUAAUAUUGAAACCUGAAAAUAAUAAACAACUUGGACACUUGACAAUUUAUGCACUCCAAAUAUGAUUCCAAGAUCAUAUUUUAAAUCUUGCGACCCACUUGGUGUUGUGCUGGGGCCCCAUGGUUCAGAACCUAUUUACAUAUUUAUUUUUCAUAUUUACACAUCUAUCAGCUUGGCCCGCUUAAAAUAACCCCCCUGCUUUGUUUUCCCUUGGUUACUAUUGUUGUCCGCAUCACCGCCCACCGCCAGGCGCUUACAGCACUAUCAGGUAAGGCUGUAAGGACAUCUGUCCCGGGUAAUUACCGUCGUUCACAGUUUAAGUCCGUUUACAGCUACUAAACCUGACCGGUAAGCGCAUUACCGGAGCAGCGCAGCGCAAACACGAGCGCUCGCGCAGUCCGUAGAGGAGCCAGAUUACAUCAGCAUGAAUAACCGAUUACAGCAGGCGUUAUCAGAGCGAUCGGUGAGAUGUGACGUGAACCGUCAGUGCAAUUCAUAAAGCCUGUCAUCGGUCACAGAGGCGUAACUCUCACUAGAUGCCAAACGUCACCGUCGCUGUCACAGAUGUCAGAAAGGGAGUGCUGGUAAUUCAGUACCCAAAGAGUUGAAAAUGAUGGACACACAGCGUGCUUUGCUGGCCGUGGAGCGGCUGCAGGAGAGGCUGAAGAAGAAAGGAGAACUGCCUGCUGAGGAAAAACUCAGUCUGCUCAAGAGUGUCUUACAGAGUCCCCUGUUUCACCAGAUACUCAUUAUGCAAGAGCCCGGACAACAGCCUCAGCAACAACAGGUUUCCUCCAGAAUGCCUCCUUCUCAGUCACUGAGUGAUGAUGCAGAUGUUGUGAGCACAUCCCACCCCUCAUGCACUCUGAGGUACAGAGACUCCUACCUCUCAGCCCAGCGGCGCAAUGACCGAUGUCGAUCCUCCAAUCAUGUGACUUUUGGCCCUUGCGUCACCGAGGAUAUUUCUCUGCUGCAGUCCAUGGCCCAGGGUCGGUCUGUGCUUAGUUUUGACCUGGAGAAGGGUGGAAGUACUUUAGGCAUCAGCAUUGUUGUAAUGGAGACUAAAGCCAGUGGAGGUCAUGGUAUCUUCAUACAGAAGAUCCAGCCAGACUCUGUAGCAUACAGUGAUGGACGUCUGCAUGAGGGCGAUCAGAUUCUAGCAGUGAAUGGCAAGCCUCUUGAAUCCUCUGUAACACAAGAACAAGCUCUCCAGGUUCUUCAGGAAGCUGGGUCUGUGGUAACCUUAAUUAUAGCCAGGGAACCAGCCCCAUCUUUCAACCCCCCACAGCCUCGACAAAUUCAUCAUAUUGAGCUGCAGAAUGACGGAUCGGGUCUGGGCUUCGGAAUCGUUGGAGGGAGGAGUACUGGCACCAUGGUAAAAACCAUCCUACCUGAUGGUGUAGCUGGAAGGGACGGGAGAUUGCGCAGUGGCGAUCUUCUCCUCAGAAUCGGUGAUGUGGACGUGUCCACCAUGGGCAGUGAGGAAGUGGCACGUGAGCUCCGUCUUGCUGGUUCCCGUGUGAGACUUAUCAUUGCCAGGGAAACCACUGAUGGUGACCUCUCACCUUCCAUCGCCCGGCAACAGGACACUCAGAAGAAACAGGGUUUAGCAGAGAAAAAGGAAAAAGAGUUUGGUGUCAGAUUCAGUAACAACAAAAACGGUUUCAGCAUCUCCAGAUCUCUGGAUAACCUGGACAAAGAGUCCAGUGGGUUUGAAAUAAAGAGCAUCCUGAAAGGAAAUGCAGUGAAUCAGGAUGGACAAAUUCACACCAGAGAUCACAUCAUUGCUAAACAGAAAGCAGAGGAGAUUCUGCACACGACUGGCCAACAAGUGGAGAUGUCUCUUCAGAGAAAGAGCUCAACAUCUGGAACACAGACGACGUCCACAAUCUCUCAGAGAGCCUCAAGCCCUCCGGGGCUCCUUCCCCCUCCGCUGCCGCCAUGUCUGCCAGAGCCAAAGCCAGUCCUGCCCCCAGGGAAAGUUUUCUACACUGAACGCCGGGACCUCAACUUCAACAGAGAGUGCAUUGAGUCAACGCGAAGCUGUUCUGUAGAGUCCAACAUGGAGAGCAGAAACAACAUCGUUUCGUUUUGCAAACUGUCUGAUGAAGAGGAAAUAUUGAAGGAGAAGUGGCAAAGCAAACUGGGUCCUCAAUAUGAAGUCAUGGUGGCCCAGGUACAGAAAUGGGCUGAGAGCAGUGGUCUUGGUGUGAGUUUGGAGGCUAAGGAAGGUCAUCACUAUAUCUGCUCUAUACUGCCAGAGGGUCCGAUCGGACAGACGGGAAUCAUUCAUCCUGGAGACGAACUGCUAGAGGUGAACGGGUUCUCUCUGAUUGGUGAGACACACAAGGAAGUUGUGAGCUUGCUGAAGGAACUUCCUGUGAAUGUUUGUGUGGUUUGCAGUCGUCUCAUCCCACCCACAGCCAGUGAUGAAGAUGAUGAUGAUGAUGAUGGUGACGAUGUACAACUCACCCUCAAGGAGCUACUAGCAGAAUUUAAUGAAAAGGCCGAGCAAAACUCGUCUGCAUGCAGAGAGGAUGAAUGGAGGACAGAGGCUCCUAUGCUUUCCCAUCAGGCCAUGUGGGAGAACGAGAUUCAAGUUUAUGAGCUGCAGAAAGGCGAUUCCGGACUGGGAUUCAGUAUACUAGACUACCAGGACCCCAUGAACCCAGGGCACACUGUGAUAGUGAUCCGCUCUCUUGUAGCAGGCGGUUUGGCAGAAAGAGAUGGCCGCUUGUUGCCAGGUGACCGGUUGAUGUUCGUGAACGGGACUGACUUGAGCCACGCGAGUCUGGAUCAAGCCGUUCACGUCCUGAAGAGCACUGCUUUGGGCAUCGUACGCAUCGGAGUCACCAAACCCUUAAUGGAGGACGCAGGAGCUGAUGUAACCGUCAGCGUUCACUCCGAAUAUUACAACCAGCACAGCACUUUGCAGACAAAUCCCCACUCUCAGAACAGCAAGAUGGAGGCUGACGCUAAACACGUCUCCAUCCCUUCAAGUGGCUAUGAGAAGAGCAUAACUAUAGUCAGGGGAAACUCCAGUCUGGGAAUGACAGUGAGUGCCUUAAGGGAUGGUUCAGGCAUGAUAAUCCGCUCUGUGGUUCAUGGCGGGUCGAUCAGUAAAGACGGGAGACUAGCAGUUGGGGAUGGAAUUGUUGCCAUCAAUGGAGAAUCCACCACCAACCUGACCAAUGCACAAGCCAGAGCUAUGCUGCGCAGACAUUCACUGAUCGGACCUGAUCUCAGCGUGACGUAUGUACCUGCUGCCUUCCUGGACAUGCACAGAGCCAGCUAUGGCCAGUCAAAACAUGAAAUAGAAACACACAGAAGAGCUACCGUCCAGCCCAAGCACUUACAGAACCUGCCUUUCAAACCUCUAGAAUGCAUUUCUGAACAACAGAGUACAGUGGACGCUAAAGGAGUGAAUGGAAAGACUCAAGCUGAAGAAGAGAAUGAAAGAACAGAUAACCACAGUCAAGUAAGACUCAGAGAGAGCGAUGAAAGGCUGGAAAGAGACAAAAAGGUGAAGAAUGAAGGAACGGCCUUGCAGAGUGAGAACGGACAAAGGCGAGAGAGAGAAAAAGCUGAAGAAGAGACACACGGGAAGGAUCGUAGCUCAUGGAGUCAGCCUAGAAGAGUCACAUUAUUCAGGGCUGGGGCUACAUGUCUUGGUUUCAGUGUGGUGGGGGGUCGUGGCAUGGGCAGUCGACUCAGCAAUGGAGAAAUGAGACGAGGCAUCUUCAUAAAACACAUUGCAGAGGACAGCACAGCUGCAUGCAACAGCACUCUGAAAGAAGGAGACCGAAUUCUUCAGGUUCAAGGUGUAGAUGUGAGUGAUUUUACUCAUGAAGAAGCCGUUGAGGCGAUCCGUAGAGCAGGAGACAGAGUUGAACUACUAGUGCAGAGUCCUCAGCUUUCAGCUCCUGACAACUGCCCUGAAGAAGACAAUGCAUCAAAAUCUAAUUCUCAUAAUCAUCAGGAGCCCGAAAUCCCUAAUAAUCUCUCCCCAACCUACCCCUUCAGUCCCAUCCCCUUUAAGCGGACAGAAGACUGGAAGUUGGGGAAGCCUCCACAUGUAGCUCCAUCACUCCUGAAACUGCCCUCAAGACAAGUGGAGACAGAAACCGAUGGAGUGCAGCGGGUUCCAGAGAGACCACCGCUGCCAGAAGAGGCUUCACAGCAUCACGGCGAGCAGGAGCAGGACUCUUACUGGAGCCGCAUGCAGCAGAGGUAUGGCAGUCUGCCUGGAGAGCUGCAGAUGUUUGAUCUGGACUGUGGCUCUCACGGCUCUGGACUGGGAUUGUGUUUGUCGGGAAACAGAGACGGAGCUCGUGGUCAGAUGAGUGUGUACGUGUCAGAGAUCAAACCGGACGGGGCUGCUGCCGCAGAUGGUCGGGUCAGAGUGGGAGAUGAACUACUGGAGAUAAAUGGACAAGUGUUGUAUGGACGCAGUCACCAGAAUGCAACAGCAAUCAUCAACAACGCUCCGGCUAAAGUCAGGAUUCUGCUCACAAGGAAUAAAGCUGCACAGAAACAGAUGACUGCAGGACCAGCAAAGGAGAUGGACAACUGUCCUGUUAUAUCUCCAGCCAUUCAUAUCAACAUGAUCAGAGAAGGUCAACAUUCAGUAUUAUUGCAGGAUGGAAGGAUCAGCAGAGAGGAUAAACUGAAGUCUCGUUCCUCAGAGAGCCUCAACAUUGGUCUUCCUGCUCCAGUCAAUGCCACAUCCAAUCACAAGCCCUCCUGUCAUCCUGCCAGUCACAUGUCUCCCGGCCACCGUACGCCUCCGUCAUCUGCCGUUUCAUCAGCUGAUCCCGCAGCCAAUCAGAGCUCUCGCUCGGGGCCUCACAGCACUUCGUACUUGGCCCAGUGUUCUUUGAGCUCUGACCCCCUAACGAGUCCAAUCAUAGCUGGCUGUAUAAAUACCAUCGAUAUCUGCAAGGGCACCGCGGGGCUCGGUCUCAGCAUAGUAGGAGGCUGCAACACAGUGCUGGGCGUAAUAGUGAUUCAUGAAGUGAAUAAGGAUGGUGCGGCACACAGAGACGGUCGGCUGUUGGCUGGAGAUCAUAUACUAGAGGUGAACGGCAUUGAUCUGAGAAUGGCCACUCAUGAGGAGGCCUUGAGCGUGCUGCGCUUGAGUCCGCAGCGUGUGCGAUUGUGCAUCUACAGAGACCUUGGGACAGAAAACCACUCCACACACAUCCUCCAGAACCACACACCCGAGGACAUGUGGGACCUCUUCGGUGUGGAACUGAACCUCAAAACAGGACAGGGACUGGGGCUUAGCAUUGUGGGUAAAAGAAAUGACACUGGAAUCUUUGUGUCUGAGAUAAAAAGGGGAGGGGCUGCAGACUUGGAUGGAAGACUGUUGCUAGGCGACCAGAUUUUGUCUGUGAAUGGAGAGGACAUGCGAGCUGCAUCACAGGACUAUGCAAGCGCGCUUCUGCAGAGCUGUAGUGGGUCUGUGCUGUUGGAGGUGGCUCGUUUUAAAGCUUCAUCACACUACUCAUAUGGAGAUCAGGUGGACGAGCCGGACGUCCCUCUUCUCGCCUCUUUCAGCGCAUAUGAUCCUGUGGAUGGGAACGUGGACAUCAGAACUGUCACCGUUCAGAAGUAUGAGUGUGAGUCUGUGGAGCUGAGAUUGAGAGGCACACGGGGAGAUGGAAUAGUUUAUAUCUCCAACCUGGACCCGACCACACCUGCAGCGUGUGCGGGACUUCUGCAGCUGGGUGCCAGGGUCAUCAGCAUUAACGGUACAUCAACAGAACGUCUCUCAGUUACUGAGGCAAGUGCUCUCCUGAGAAACAGCAGCGGAGCCGUCACACUGCAGGUGAUGCCAAGUGGCUGUGCAGAUGGAGCUAGAAAAGAUCAGGCAUCUUUAAUUCACUCCUCACCUGGAGGACACACUACCCACAACCACCAGAGUCUCCUCAGUUCCAGACUAUCACUCUUGAACGCGGCUCUGCUGGGCUUGGCUUCAGUAUUGUAGGAGGAUUUGGCAGCUCUCAUGGUGACUUACCAAUCUAUGUCAAGAGCAUAUUUCCCAAGGUACACAAGAAAGACACUGAAGCUAAAAACUGUGAGUUGAGUAACUCUCUUGACUGCAGUGCGCCACAGAGAUCAAUUCAUGUCCAAACACACGUUCAGUUUGCAUGAAACAUGCACACACUCCACCUCCUGACAUGCAUUCAUCUGACUGAGAAAGCAACGCUGUUUGUGUAUUUGAACGUGAAGCGUAUAUGUUUCCACAGGGAGCCGCGGUGGAGGACAGACGUCUGCGUCGCGGGGAUCAGCUGCUGAAAGUAAACGGACAGAGUCUGGAGGGUGUCACUCAUUCUGAAGCCGUCGAGCUCCUCAGACAAACCAGCGGGACGGUUACUCUACAAGUA